AUGAAAAUGGAAGGAGAAACUGCGGCUUUGAAAAGAAAUUUAACUGAGUGGAGAUUCAGUCAGUAUCCUAAGUAUAUUUUGUUGCCUAUCGACGAAAAUCAUGACCAAAUUCGGUCAAAUAUAAAGAACGUUGUAUUUUCGGAGGUAACACCUCGGCCUUUGGAGCGAAACAUACGCCUAGUUUGUGCGUCUGAAGACGCCUUGACGAGCAUUUUAGAUAUGGAUCCAGAAAUUACUGAAAGGGAAGAAUUUGCAGAAUUUAUUGCGGGCAGAAAACUUCCGUAUGGAGCUCUCCCUGUAGCUCAUCGAUACGGAGGUCAUCAAUAUGGCUUAUGGGUUGGGCAGCUAGGAGAUGGAAGAGCUCAUAUUUUAGGAGAAUACGUAAAUCGGCAUGGUGAUAGAUGGCAAAUACAGCUGAAGGGGUCUGGACAGACGCCGUAUUCUCGUGUUCACGACGGUCGUGCUGUAUUGAGAGCUGCGGUUCGAGAAAUGAUAGCAUGCGAAGCUUGUCAUUUUUUAGGCAUACCAAGUGUGAGAGCUGGUGGUUUAGUUGUUAGUGAUGAAGCUGUAGUUAGAGACCUGUACUAUACUGGGAAUCCAAAACGUGAAAGAGCAGCGGUACUUCUUCGAUUGUCUCCAAGUUGGUUCCGGUUUGGCUCUCUCGAAAUAUUAUCACGAACUGGAGAGAUUGCCGUAUUAAAACAGUUGUCGGAUUUUAUCAUCAAGGAGUAUUUCCCUGAUAUCCAUCUGACUGACGAAAAUCGUUUUAUCAGAUUAUUUUCUGAAAUAGCGCAUCGUACUUUGGAUUUAGUUGCUAAAUGGCAAGGCCUAGGAUUUACCCACGGUCUCCUAAACACAGAUAAUAUGAGUCUCCUUGGCCUCACCAUGGACUACGGUCCAUUUGGAUUCGUCGAUUCUUACGAUGGUGGUUUCGUCGCCAACUGCUCAGAUGGAGAAGGACGAUAUGCUUUGGCUAAGCAGCCGGAUGUGGUUGUAUGGAAUAUUGGCCAACUAGCUAACGCUCUUAAGCCGCUCUUGAAUUCAUCUCAACAGGUUCACAUGUCGCAUUUAUUGAAGACUUUGGACACAUACUGCAAGAACAAGAUUUUGGAGACAUUUUUAAUGAAGAUUGGUCUAAAAGAAGAGAGAUGGGGCGAUGAGCAAUUGGUAGAGAAACUGCUGGAUAUGAUGCAACAGACAGGUGCUGAUUUCACGGCCUCGUUUAGGCAGCUUGCAGAGUUAGAACCAUGUGAAUUGGUAAGCGAGACUAAAUUAGAUGAGAAAUGGUCUCUGAAGCGCCUCUCGUCCCAUGCUUCAUGGGGCUGCUGGCUUGAUCAAUACCGCGAAAGACUUGACAAAGAAGCUGUUGAUGCAAGUUCUGUAGGAAUGUUUGAAGAUGAACGUCGCAGACGCAUGCUUAGUGUAAAUCCGGCGUAUAUUCCCCGUAAUUGGUUGCUACAGGAAGCUAUCACUGAUGCUGAGAAUGACGACUAUGAGAAAGUGCGAUUUCUACUAGAAGUAAUGCGUAAUCCUUAUGAAGUCCAAUCCGAAGCAGAAAAGCGCGGGUUUUCAGCCCAACCGCCGCAAUGGGCUUACGCCUUAAAAAUUAGCUGUUCCAGUUGAAUGUGAUUUUUCAAU